AUGAUACAAUUGUGCUUGUCCAUCCAAACUUCCGAUCGCCAAGGAAGUUCUUCAAAUGCAACUACAAGACCAAAGCGUAAUAUAAAAUAUAAGAAAACAUCGUGUAUUACUGCAGUUACUUCUGAAAAUAAUUCUGAAGACAAGAAUUUAGUUAAAUAUGACAUCAAUGAAACUUUGGAAGUUAAGCAAGAAAUAUUUGAAAUUGAAUAUGAGAAUCAUGAAAAUUUGGACAUCAAGGUUGAAAUUAGCCAAGAUCAAGAACCGGAAGAGAUUACAGACCGAAGUUUUAAUACAAAAUAUGAGUCAAACGUAUGCACCGUAUAUGUAAAAGAAGAUAUACUAGCUGGUAACAUAGAACAUCGGAGUAAAAAGAAGCAGGAAAUUCAGAAUUUCGAACCGGAAAAUAAAUACAAAUGUACAAAGUGUGCGCGAAGCUAUAGAGCGAAAAAGAAUCUGACUUCUCAUCAAAAAUACGAAUGCGACGUCAUACCACAGUUCACAUGUAAUUUCUGCGGCAAACUAUUUAAACGCAAAACUCACAUGACUGCCCAUGUGAGCCUUGUACAUCUUAAACCAAACUUGCAUACAUCCAAAAAGAAGUUUAAUUGUAAUAUUUGUACUCGGAGUUACAAUUCUUCCGAUACGUUAAAUCGACAUAAACGUGAAAAACACGCAGCAGUCAAACCACAAUAUGUUUGCGAUUAUUGUGGCUACAAAACGAAUCAAAAAAGUCGAUUGGUACCACACAUUAGUUGUCGCCAUCUCAAAAAAUUUAGUGCGCGAAACUUAAAUAACUAGGAAAUUAUUUCUCGAACUAGUUGUUGCCUCAAAAAUUUUUAAAACAGAUUCCAAGACUUCUCAAAUUAAAUCAAACCUUAUUGUAAUAAAUGAACUCAAAGUUACAGUCCGCAUAUGCUUUUAGGAAACAUUAACAUUUAGAAGACGCUGCAGUUACGCCACAAUUCCUUUGCGACAUUUGUUAUAAUACAGCGAAAGAAUGACUUUUUUUGUCAUUUAUUGUAUCGCAUAAAAUCGACGUAUAUCUAAGAUUACUUCUUGUGAAACAUGCUUUAUGGGAUACGUCGGUUCACAAUGUUCUUAUUUUUUGACCAUUAGAAAAGAGUAAGUUUAUACUCUCUAUAGAAAUCAGCACGAAACAUUUUGUUAGUUGUCCUUGCUUCAUACAUAUAAUUUUCUUUUUGUUUGAAGAAAAACAUCGAUAUACGAUGGUAUAUAUUGUAUGCCCUUUUCAUUUAUUAGUAAUUAUUGCUAUUCCUUCGAAUAUGUAUACUACUACACAAAUUUUGCAGACAUUUAUUGAUAAUGUCUUACAGUUCUACUACUUGUGAUAAGUUUAAAUUGUCCAAAUUAAUCUAUCUAAAUUGUAUCUAUAAUAUUUGUUCCAUGUGAAUUACUGUUCACUAUUAUAAAGCCCUUGGACCUUUGACUAAAAUUAAACAUCAACGAAUGUAUUAGAUUCUAAGUCAAUUAAAGAAUAAUUUUUCUGAGAUUUUGAUUAAUCACCUUUCUGAUAAUCUAGAUAUUGUAGAAUGUAGACAGCGCAUCUAGAAACAAAAUUGUACUUUAAGUCCGUAAAAUAUCUAAAUAAUAUGAUAUUGUUACAUACAAAUUACUAAUUCGAAUUUUCAGAUAAAGUGCAUGUUUCAAAAAAAAAAAAAAAAACUAUUAAAAAACUAAGUUUCUUGAUAAAAAUAAAGUAAUUGCCCAGAAAGUUCAUCCGGAAUUUUUUAUUAGAUAUAACUUGCAUAGAAGCAAUGCUAGAAAUAUUUUUCAAAUAUGAUCUGAAAGCCAGUGUAAUUUUGCGUCGAUCAUAUCAGCGUCUGCGACUAGGACCCUCUAUGGAGCCUCUAUGGAUGGACGCGACAAUGUUCCCUCACCACUAGCCUUUGGGUCAGAAGUCGUCA